GAAGAAGAAGAAACACCCUCCGCCUCCAUGACGUUUCUAAGUAUAGUCAACAUUUCACUUCGCGUCACCUCCGACCGUUUCAUCUGAAAGCGAGCCUUUCUCCGGUGGUUCCGUUCGGACGCUGGUUCUACUUAUCAGCUUUAAGACACGUCUAAACGACACGACCCGGGUGGCCCAUCGGAGGGAGAUGUCCGAUUUCGACAGCAAUCCGUUCGCGGAUCCGAACUUUAGGAACCCGUUCCAGGAUCCGUCAGUGACACAAGUAAGGAAUACUGCUCCUGCAGGGUUGGAUGACUACAAUCCAUUCACAGAUGCCAAACCUACGGCUUCGGGUGCAGCACCCAAGACUGCAGCACCCACCAUGACAACACAACCUGCCAUUAUGAGGCCGACAGAGGAGCCGCCACCCUACUCGCAGCCCCCGGCACAGGAGCAGACACAAGCGGCAAGCGAGCUGUUAAGGCGACAGGACGAGUUGGAAAAAAAGGCUGCAGAGCUGGACCGUCGCGAGAGAGAGAUGCAGGCGCUCAGUGCUUCAGGCAGGAAAAACAACUGGCCUCCCCUUCCAGAGAAGUUCCCCGUGGCCCCCUGCUUCUACCAAGACAUUACUGUGGACAUUCCUGUGGAGUUUCAGAAGACGGUCAAGAUCAUGUACUACCUCUGGAUGUUUCACACUGGGACCCUGUUAGCUAACAUGAUAGGCUGCCUGGCCUGGUUCUGCGUGGAUGGACAACGUGGGGUGGACUUCGGCCUGUCCAUCCUCUGGUUCUUGCUCUUCACACCCUGCUCUUUUGUCUGUUGGUUCAGACCACUCUAUGGAGCAUUCAGGAGUGACAGCUCAUUCAGAUUUUUCCUAUUCUUCUUCGUGUACAUCUGUCAGUUUGGCGUCUACGUCCUCCAGUGCAUUGGCAUCAGUGGAUGGGGUGCCAGUGGGUGGAUCUCUGCUUUGACUGCCCUGAAUAAAAAGGUCAUCGUGGGCAUCCUAAUGAUCCUCGUUGCUGCCAUGUUUACCACCCUGGCUGUCCUGUCCCUCAUCAUGUUCAAAAAGAUCCAUGCAAUGUACCGUACCACGGGUGCGAGCUUCGAGAAGGCCCAGCAGGAGUUUGCCACAGGGCUCAUGUCGAAUAAGACGGUGCGGACGGCCGCUGCUAACGCCGCCACCAGCGCCGCCCAAGCGUCCUUCAAAGAGCAGAUCUGAUUGGUUCAGUAGACUCAUCCCUUCAUCCAACCAGUCCCUCGGUCGCCUCCUCCUGCUCACAAGUGCAACAUCCAGCUUCAACUUGAGCCAAGUGUCCUGUUUGUACACUAACAGCCUUCUGGUGUCUAUGUGGAUUCUGUGCUUGGCUGUCAUCCUCAGCAUGAGACAGAAAACCUAAGGGCAUCUACUAAACAGGGUCAUGGUGCUUUGCUGUCUUUUCAUGUCUGACUCUGGGAUCUCUCACUGCUCUCCUUCCAGUCCACCAAUGUGCCCACCUCUAUUUCUCUGUAAGUUAGUAUGUGUGGUGUCUGUGUGACCAGCUAAAUUAAAGUUUGUGUGCCUAUUUAUAUGUUGGUGAUGCCUUAAGGCCUGUGUGUCUGUCUGUAGACAGAAUCUAUUGUAGCUGAAACAAGCUGGAGUCUUUAAAUUUUCCUGGCCAUUUCCACCCGUUAGCCAUCUUGGAGUGUCUGAGCUCAAUCACCCCUUCCUGUCUUCAAAGCUUAUUUGCAUUCACUACUACAGUAAAUGCACACUCUGCAGCCUUCUAGUGCUUUGUAUUGCUAAAGUUGAAUGCUGAGCUUUUGCGUUCACUGCCUUUCACUGUUUGCUCUCCUUAAAAGAAAAUGAAAAAGCCCUGCCAUCUCUGUACAGUAACUGCAAUGAAGGAAUUCUAUUGAUCUGCCAGGGAGCUGUGCGGUGGAUGAAGAAGCCCACAGUAGCAUGUACUGUAGAUUAAACGCUCCUGCUACCUUGACUGCAGAGUUAAGUCAUAAAACCAAAUACUGAGCCUGAGGAGACAUAUUCAGGAAACAUCUGCACAAAUAUAUACACUUCAGAAUGAUGCAAGACAGAGAAGGACCAAGCGUAACCAUAUUUGAAUAUGACUUUAAAUGUACAAUUUGUUCUGCUGGAGAUCUUUUGAAUAUGAUGAUCAUUUAGAAAUCCAGUCACAGCAAGUUGUACUUUACACUGGAUCACAUUCUUUGUAUGGGAUAUGUCACAUUGUGACACUGUCCCUCUGUGUCAGACCAAUGAAUGGCACGGUUGAUAUCCACCGGUGUGUGCGUGUGUGAGAGAGCAGCAGCAUGAUUAUACAGAUGAUCAUUUUGGAGAGUAUGUUUUGUCCCUAACUCUUCUCAUGUACUGCAGAUUUACCUCAGUUUCACUCAGGAUGUUCUCUUUUGCAUGACGAGGUUGGCAAUCGUACAAAGUACAGAAUGAGCUACUGGGUUCAGAUAAAGGUGGUGAUUAUUGUUAAUGUAAUGUUCUGCUAACUGCUUACAUAUCAGCAUCAUCAUCACCACCAACAUUUGUGUUGUUGGUUUCCUCUAAUUUCUUGUAAGUUUGCAUCUUUUAUUUAAAUUUUCUCCAUUUUUGCCUGCUGAGAUCCUGUUGAAUGUGACUUUUUCUCAUCAUUGAGCGACUUUGUGUUCAGUGGAGACUGCAAUGUCAUUUUUCACUGUUUGACUUUGUCUCAGCUCUUGUCUGUUGUGUCCCAUGUGUGGACGAAAUACAUGUAGGAGUGUACAUUGAAGGAACUGGGGCCUUUGAAUCGUAAUCUGGGACUUCCUGGAGAGUUGCGUUUUAAUCACGCAUCCCGCAACAUGCCUUGUUUAGCUCUAUUGUGCUUUUUGUCUGAAUUUGACCUAAUUACUUACUGUAUAUGCAAAGCAACAUGAGAUUAUUCCUUAAAGAAUCAGGCUCCGUGGAAGCUGAACCUUAUUAUUUUUGACUUGCAUAUAAAAACAUGGGCUGCAAUGCAACGUGAAGUGUUGUGCUGUGGAUGAACUGUGGCUUCAAGAUGUGCUUCUUAAUCAACCUGGUGUGUGGUAGAAACACUGAGAAUGAAAUGGAGCUUUGCAUUAGUCUCUUUUAAAAUUGACUGACAAUAUAGAUAAAUGAAGGGAUGUUUGUAUAUUUUGUAUGAUUAGCAGAUGGUCGGCUGUUAGUCAGUGUCCUUUUAAGAUGCACUUUGGUUUCACCCUCAGCUGCAUGUUGAGUAGCUUAAGUUUUGUAUUUAUUGUAUUAACACUGAAUAAAAUUCCUCUUCUGUA